AUGUAUGAUACCGUAGGUUAUCUAUGGAAGCAAUCAAUAAACCAGAAUCUGGAGAGUUUAAAGAAAGUAUUAAAUUCUGCACUUGCAGAAGCUCCCCAGUAUCUAGACAAACUUAAAAAGGAUCAGAGAAAGAUUGUUUUUGAAAAAAUAGAGCAUUUAAAUAAGUGGUAUACCAAGAUAAUUGGCUUAGAUGAAGUAAAAGUUUAUCAAGAUAGGGUCACCUCUUUGCAAGAUCAACUUUUAGCAACUCAGACCAAACGAAGAGAACUUAAUAGACAAUUAACUGAGGUGAGGCAGCAAGCUCAGGAAAUACAAAGUCAGAUUCAACAUAUUGAUAGAAAAGAGAAAUUCGAUGUUUAUUGUCAACUUAUCAGUGAAGAAAGAGAGGUACUAAAUUUGGAACGUUCAGUAUCAGCUACCUUUCAAGACUAUGAUCAGGCUGAAAGAGAUCUUUUUACUGCAUUUACCAAUGCUGUCCGAGAUUCACAAGAAAAACAGAGGUCACAGCUGGAGUAUAGCAAAUAUUUUGGUUUAACUUUAAGUAUUAUUGGAUCAUUUUUAGCUUUUUUAUAUACAUUCUUCUGGAGGCAAGACCUUAAACUUUACAUAGACCACAAAAUUUCAUCCAUAAAUGUUGGCAACAUAGAAACUAGUAUUGUUGAGUCAAUAAAUCAUCAUAUGCAAGAUAUUAAACAAUUAGAAAGAAGCAACAGAGAGGACAUUUUAAUCAAUAAGAAAGUAUUGAGGAAUGUAAUUAACCACAUGAAUGCUGGUGAAACACAGCAACUAGACAUGCCUUUAUCUCAUGAAGAAGCAUCUAAUCUCUUAUUUACGGGAUUUGUAGGAGGUGUAGGAACUGGACUGGUGAUUUAUAUGUUUAAGAAAAUAGUGUUUGGAUAAAAGUAUUUAUAGAGAGAUUUACUUUUUUAAAAGUAUUUGUUAAUGUUUUUAAAUAAAAAGUAUAUGCAGUA